UAUAAAAGACAUCCUUGUGCGAGGCAUAACAGGCGGUACGAUUCUUGACAUUGUCUCGGUAUUGGCUAACCUGAAGACAAUCUGUCUACCAUGUUACUAUCAACCGUUUUGGUGCUUGCAGUAAGUUGUGUCGCCGUCCACUCCUUCAAAUGCUGUGUGCCUGACCAGUGGGAGGGCGUGCUGGGACUAACUGAGGGGCUUGUUCAGAAUGGACAGCCUGCAUUCGUACAGGGCUAUGUGGCGUUGUCGUAUGACUAUACGAACAAACGGGUUGCGGAGUAUGUUAACUUGACGACACAGGGAGUCCCAACCUUACAGAAAAUUAUCAUUGACUACAAUAAGAAUGUGAUGUACACGAUUAAAGAAGAGGCCAAGUAUUGUCGUGCCGUCCAGCCAGCUCCUCCUCUUAGUCGAUGUGUCCCUGACACAGCCCGUGAGACCAGCCGAUUUCAUCUGGGGGCAGGAAACAACUCCCUUAAGGUGAUAGCCUAUGAGAUUGACGUACCUGACAUGCAGAUUACCGCUGUGACGUCGAUGACUGCACAAGACUGUCUGCCUGUUGGAGAGUUGAUGUACGGGGCAGCCAAUAACGUUCCAUUCCUGGCCAGCAUGGGCUAUGUGAAUAUUGUCCCCGGGAUAAAAGAUCCGAGUGUGUUCAAUGUACCCAGUUACUGUGACAAGGCGGAAAUUAACGACGUCCCUGGGUUAGAAACCGGGAAUUUUAUCACAAGCUACAUUCAUCGGAGACUGGGAUUUUUCCAAUAGUUUAACUCCACCCUCUUUCAGCUUUUUAGACCUACAUGUCAAAACGUGUCAUCAUGAGAGAUGUCUUUACCAUCAGCUUUGUAGUAUACUCUAACCUAAAUAAACUUAACCUGCGGAUGGUCGUGGGUUUCCCCGGGGCCCUGCCCGGUUUCCUCCCACCAAAAGAAGUGAAACAUUCUUCAGUACGGCGUAAACCAACAAUCAAAUAAACAAACAAACAAAUAAAUAAAUAAAUAAAUAUAAAUUUCAUAAACAUUCGUGUACAAUUAAAUUCGACGUUCCCAUUACAAACUAAGAUUCAGGGUAUUGCUAUCUUUAUUAAAUGAUUCUCCUUUCCAUACCAAUAUGUAUCAAAAAGGAUUUGACUCCAAUGUAUGGUAGCCAUGCAGAACUCAU